CAGCCAAAAAGCGCCGCUGCUCGGCGCCGGCUGCUGUGCUUGACGCGUUUGCCCGUGCAUUCGACGCUUCGAACUCUCCGGCACUGCUCCUCAACGCGUGCGGGCCGCUUCACGUCACACAAUCACCAAUCACUGUCAGUGGCUCUCGGACACUUAUAUAGGUGCUCAGCUUAAGAAACCAUGCCGCGGACGCGCAGCUCGAUUGCGCGUGCAGCCCCCAAGCCCCACAAAUUGCCCACUGACAUCUUGACGCGCGUCGCGGCCUACGCGUGCGACGACGAGCUCGCCCGGCUCGCGCUGUCCGCGAAAAGCGCUCUCGCAGCGUUAGACAACCAGCAGAUCUGGGCCGCGGCGGUGCGGACGAAUCACGGCGGCUUGCGGAUUCGCGCCGACGAGCCGAGCGGUCUCAAGGCGGCCGCGCGCCUCGCCGAGGCGCGCACGAACAGGGGCCCGGUCUACGGCUGCCACGCGCUCGCGUCGGACGUGACGUCCUACGGCGGCGGUCCCUACUGGGUCGACGGGUUGUUCCAGCCCGAGCCGUGGCGCGUGUUCUAUGGAGCUAUGGGGGACGGGCGCGUCCUCUGCGCCGCCACGUUUCUGACGGGGGGUACCUACGACCCCGACCGCCAGUGGAUGAUCGAUGCGCUCCUUGAGCUGUUCGAUAAUUGGGAUUUACAGAGGAACUACUCGCAGUGGAUCGGGACGUGUCCGGAUACCGUGGAGGCGGUCUUCCUUCGCGAAUGCGGCCCCAGUGGAACGGCGGCACGCUGGGGCCAGCGGGUUAGUCAAAAGUGCGAGGAGAUUGAGGGCCGCUUCGAAGCGGGCGAGUCGCGGUCGCGGAUCGGGCUAGCCGCGACCGCGUUCGAGGAGCGCGAGGGCGUGACGGUGGACACGCGCGUCGAGGCGUUGUGCGGCGGCGCGCGCCAGGCGACCGUCGUCGUGACGGCUAUCGUAAUCCGCCGACCGUCGGACUACGCGACGCGCCCCGGCCGCCUCUUCCUCGUGUUCGGGUGCCGGCGCCCGCCGCGGGUGACUGACGUCUCCGACGGCCGCCUGAAGCGACUUGCUGGUGAUGCGACGGCGUUGUGUCGCACGCUCAUGGACAACCCGAUUCGUAAGUGGGUUGGGGGUAUCGCGGGAAUGUUGGGGCUCGGAUGUACGGCUGCUCGAUCUCUGCGGGCAACCCGCCACAAGAGUGAGGUAUACGCAUACCAGCUCUUUGGAAGCGACGAGGAAAUCUUCCCGCUGGCUAUUUGCGGCUUCCGGCAAGACAUCGACCCGGAAGUUACGGACUUUCGCGCAGAGCUCUGGAAACCGGUGGCGAUCCAAGGGAUCAUCGUCGCUGUUCUCGAAGUCGACAAUGGCGAUCCAGCCAUAGGCGUCAACGUCGACAUGGAGUACGUCGGCGUCGAGGGCUACACCUACGAGUAAGUAUCACAACAUGUUAUCCGAUCCCGCGAGCGACGUGCGCCGCCCAAUGCAACGCCUCCCGAAAGCGGGGUUUCUCGUCCCAGGCCUGCUGCGUCGGCGCCGGCGUCGCCUUGAUGCCGCGCUCUCUCCGUAUCCGCUCGGCGAGGUCGAAGUCUGGGCCUUCGUCGGGGUAGCUGGGCUUCGGCGGCACCCACUUCGUCGCGUAGAGCGACUCCUCCUUCCGCCAGGCCUUGACCCAGUCCGCUUCGCCCUCGUACUG